AUGGAUUUCACACGGGAGUGGAAAUCUCUCUGGCCCGUAUCCUCCACUUUCUCCGCACCAGUUCUUAUCCCGAACAAAUCACAUGAAUCACCCAUUGGCCCACUGAUAUUCACCCCUAUGCCUAGUUCCUCCACCAUGAUCCUCCACUCUCCCUACCUUUCCCCCCGCCUUCCCCCGCCUUAUCCGUCCCUCUCCCUUUCCCGUUUUAUCAGAAUUUACAAUUCUGUCUCUCUCACCUCCUCCUCUGUACCCUCUCUACUUGGUGCCGAACUUCUCGACUACUCGUCGUCCUUCCACGGUUUCAACUGUCUCCAGUUGCUUCGGAUUCCGAACCGAAAUCUGAUUGUCGCAUUCUUUCUAACCGGGGAAAAUUCCAAUACAGUGGGUUUCUCGUUGCUUCAUGUGAGAGACGGGAUCCUGAGCGUUCGUUCACAAAUGGAUGACCUUUUCCAUGUGGCAAAAGGGGGUAAUUUGAGUCGUCAUCGGAUAACCCUUUUUCUGGUUAAUCCGGUUGAUGAGUUCUGUUGUGAUGGAACACUUGGAGAUGUGGGUAUUAAACCCAAGACUGUCACGGUUGGCUUUCUGAUGGUUUGCUCGCAAUUUUCUGUCUUUUGGUACGAAAUUGCGAUGAAUUAUGUAUGUGGACAAAAGGAGUAUCCCGUUCGUGUGGAUUAUCUUGGGUGUGCUGAUGCUAAGAACCUUUUGGGCAAUAUGGUGGUCAGCGCAUGUUGGAACCCCCAUCUGAAGGAAGAAUGCUUGGUUUUGUUGGGGAAUGGUGAUUUGCUGUUGUUUGAAGUUAAUUCUUCAUUAAGGGAUAACGCCCAGGCGAGAUUUUUGUUCGGUGGAAUUAAUAGGGCUAUUAACAAAAGGAUGCACAUCUCAUUGACUGAUAAGCUGGGAUUGGAGAAAGAGGAAGGUCGUAAGAAAGUCCGGGACUGGUUGAAGUGUGAGUUCAGUUGGCAUCCUAGGAUACUUAUUGCUGCUAACCGCUCUGAAGUUUUCUUGGUCGAUUUAAGGUCCUCAGAGGACUGUGGUGUUCGUUUUUUGCUAAAGCUUGACAUGUUAUCUGAGGACCAGAAUGAUGGAUUUUUCGCUCUGUCGAGGGCGUGUUUAGAUGGGUUUUCCUUUACCGUGGCCACAAAACAUUUGUUACUUCUUUGUGACGUGCGGAGGCCAUUGAUGCCCGUGUUGAGGUGGGCCCACUGCAUUCCAAAUCCACGAUAUGUGGAGGUAUUCAGACUAUCUGAUCUGAGAGCGAAUGCAGAAAGUACAGAGUACAAAUUGGCUUCAGAAUUGGGCUACUGUAUCAUGUUGGGGUCUUUUUGGGACAACGAGUUUAGUCUUUUCUGUUAUGGCCCCGAGUGCAAAGGAAACGAGUCUCUAUCUUCUAAAAUUUCAAAGAUGUGCUACUCGUACAAUGCAUGGGGACUCCCGUCAGAGCUUUCGUUGUCAGAUUGUGCUUGCAAAUGUGGUAGUUGUUUAGUCCGGGAGGAAUUCGCAGAAAUGUCCCGUCCGGUCUGGGUUGACUGGAGGCAGAAAAAACACUUGGCUUUGGGAUUUUGCAUUCUCGAGGCGGAUAUUUCUGCUCAGUUGUUGCCUGUAGGUAGCUUUGGUGGUUUUGUGCUAAUAAGACUAACGUCAUGUGGGAAGCUUGAAGCUCAACCCUACCAUGCAGCAUGGGAACCAGAGAACUUUCGGGAAGCAGGGCACAAGAGGAAAAGCGCUGAUUUGGAGGAGAAUCGUUUAUACGACGCAACGGAGUUGGAAUUUGAGGGGGUCAAGAAAAUGCAGCACAUCAAACUGAUUUUUCUUGACGCCUUCAGAAAAGGCAAGAUAGAAGAAAUCAUCGUCAACAGGAGAGAGAAAAUCGAGGAGAGUGAUGAACGUGCCGGGUCUCGAAAAGGGCAUUUUGGUAAGUCGGAUUGGAAUUUCCAUAAGGAAAUGUGCCACAAGCUGAAGGGUCUCGGGCCUCUGGAGGCCCGAUCAUCCGUCGGGAUCUCAGUCGUGUUGGGUGACAUCAGCUGGCCUAUGAGCGUACACGAGAUUGGUCUCAUGAGUGUGUUUGCUGCUCUGCCCACGGGUCUAUUGCGGUCCGCUUUUGCGGUCUACUCAGAUUUCGAUAUGGAUCAUGGCAAUGAGCCCCUCGAGUUUCUCGAUAUUCCAGAUCAGCCCCAGGCCCCGCCUUUCCCUUUCAGGAGGUCGUCCUUCCGCAGCAAUCGGUGGUCAACCAGAGUUCAGCCCCCUGAUGCCCUUGUUGGUCCAGUUAUCCCUCCUCUUUUCUUGACUGCGCUAUAUAGGCUCUUGGUUGAAGAGCGUAAAAGCAAAAGAGAGCUUUACCCGGAAAAAUCGGAAGCUUUUUCAACUCAUGUUCACUUCAAAAGUCAGUGCGAGAAGGUUAUGGAGGCUGUCAGUGAACACAUUGCUGAAAAUCGGGAAGACGAUUAUGUGUCGCUUGCGGACGACAUUGAGAGUAUGGAAAGUCUUACACAAAAAUCGAAGUUCUCUUUUUACAAGCCGUCUGCUUUUUCCGAAAGUCCAUCUUGUUUGGAAAAGUGGGAACCCGGGCCCAGGAGUUGUAUAUUUUCAACCCAUGUUUUCGGGAGAAGCGAAUUCAUGGAGUCUGAUAUUGGUCCAGGAAUGGUGGGGAAGGAGCUGUUUGACGCGGGCUGCCCGAUCAGGUUGAAAUUUGAGGAUCUUAAUACUGAUUUCGGACCAAAAGAGUUGGAAACAUUGCGGAAUUUGAAGCAGCAGGAUAUGGAUUUCCAGAAAAGUUUUAAGCCAUAUCAAGAUUACAUCAAUAGAUCUGUCUCUUCAUCCCAAUUUAUAGGGCUCCAUGUGAAGGUGCGGAUUUUGGCGGCUUCAAUUGAGGGCGACUUUGCAACCGGCGGCGACGGGACCUGGGAGUGGCGCGGUUUCUGGACCUUAGACGACUCGGGGGUUCGGGCGGCAACCAGCGGGUUCAGCUGCAUUCUUCAUCGCCUCUCGAUUGGAAAAACUGAGCCCUAA